AAUGCCAGAAGAGGAGCACGGGAACAGUUCUGAAGAGGAGGAAGAAGAAGACGAGCCUGUGCCCGUUCGUCAACAACAAGUUCGAAUGGUCGUUACGGAUGCUUCUAGUGGUUAUGGCCAAGAAUCAACCACAGAUUCCCCAAUAGCUAAAACAGCCCCACAAGCAAUUGUCACAACAACAAGUACAACAACAAAAGUUGCUGGCAACGAAGAUGUAUCUGAAGCCCAAGAGGCUGCUAUUGAGGCGGCUCGUAAACGUCAUCAAGAGGCUAUAGAAAAAGCUAGAGCUGAGGCAAUAAAAAUGCAGGAAGAAGCGCGUGCUAGGGCAGAAGCUGCACGUCAACAGCAACAACAACAAUUUCAAGAACAACAAAAAUUGGCGACGGAAGAGCAACGCCAACAACAAAUAAAAGCUCAACAAGAAGCUGCUAAGCUUCAGGCUGAACAACGUGCUGCUCAAUUAAAGGCACAACAAGAGGCUCAAAAAGCAGCUGCUGUUCAACAACAACAAGUUCAGCAACAGCCCCAACAACAAAAAGUUUUAACUCCCCAACAACAACAAAGGCCUGCCCCUCCAACACCCACAACUCCAAAACCGGCUGUUCAAACUCCUCCUGCACAAUCUAAACCAGCUUCAGCACAACCUAAAGCAGCUGCUCCAGCUCCACCAAAAGCUGCUGCCCCCCAGCCAAAAUCCCCAGCCCCGGCUCAACCAGCCAAAGCUCCAAUUCAGCCAAAACCUGUCCAACCUCCAACAAAAACACCAAUUCAACCGAAAGCAGCCCCACCCCCAACAUCGCCUACCAAAACUCCAAUAGCUUCAAAUAACCCAACACGUCAAGCCCCUCCUUUGGCUAAAGAGCCAGAGCCUUUAGAACCACCAAAGCCUAUUUUGGCACACGCACCUUUUCAACCAAAAAAUCCAAAAGCAGAAAACCAUUCUUGGCCGCCUCCUCAAGAAGAAGAAGAUUUAAGUAUUGAGGGGGGAAAAAGAAAUAAAAUUUUGGAUGACAAUUCUUGGCAAGUACAAAAGCGAAUUCAAUUGGAAUAUCAACCUAGAACAAUAGUUCCCCAACCUGCUGGUUAUUCUAAAAUACAAUGGAAUGAAUUCCCUGAAGAGGAACAAAAGGAAAAGCAAUCAGUCCCGCGUGUAAAAGCUCAGGAUUGGGUACCUGAAAACGAUGCUGAACAUCCAGUAUUAAAAACAGUAUAUCAACCAGGAAGGAUUGCCCCAAAUCCAACAUCUGGCCGUUUAUGGCCCCCUCCAGGUUAUGGAGAAGAAGAAGAAAUCGAAAUUGGGCAUGCCAACAAAGUAAAAACAAUGGGGGAUGAUGAUUGGAAACAAGGGGAAGGGGAACAAUUACAAAAUGGAGAAGAGAAUAGUGUUGGGAAUGCCCCUUGGAGUAGACAAGCUGCUGGGGGAAAUGUUAAAAAUGUGCAGUGGCCUCCUCCUGAGAAUCAAUUGGAACAUGGAGAAUUUGGUAGAGGAAAAUUAAAUGUACAAUGGCCUCCCUCUGAAUUUGAAGAGCAAGAACAAAAACAGGCCGAGGCAAUUUCCUCUCCAUGGGGACGGCAAGUAGACGUUGGCAAUGUUAAAAACACUCAAUGGCCACCCGAAGAGAAUGUUUCUGAACACGGUUUUGGCCCUGGAGGGAGAUUACAAGUUCAAUGGCCGCCAGAGGAAGGAAUGGAGGAAUUCGGGAGUCAACAGGCUGAGGGCCGUCUACAAGCUGCUGGCAGUAAUGUCCGUGGUGUACAAUGGCCCCCUCCCGAAAAUAUAUCAGAACCUGAAGCUUUCGGUGCUGGUAGGAUGCAAGUUCAAUGGCCACCUACAGAACAGGAAGAGCGGGAAGUUCAUCAAGUAGAAAUUCUUCAAACUCAUUUGCCUACAAAACCGCAUCAGAGAGAAUGGCCACCAGCUCAUUAUGUUGCUGCGCAAGUUGGAGGGGUUGAAGCACAAUAA